AUGACGCGUCCGCGACGCUCGUCCGCCGCGAGCGAGGAGAGCACGGGGACAGCAGGCGACCAGGAGCUCGGGAGCAUGUACGACUACCUCGCGAAGAUUAUAUUGUUGGGACCCAGUGGCACGGGAAAAUCAUGUCUGCUGCACCGCUUCGUCAAGAACGAAUGGCGGGUUCUAUCUUCACAAACUAUAGGCGUCGAGUUCGCUAGUAAGAUCAUCAAAGUUGGGACAGGUGCGCGACGGAAACGGGUAAAGCUUCAGCUGUGGGACACGGCGGGUACAGAACGAUUCCGAUCCGUCUCGCGAUCAUACUACAGAGGGGCUGCCGGUGCGAUUCUAGUCUACGAUGUCACAUCACAUAACUCGUUCCAGGGGUUACAGCCCUUCCUCAACGACGCCCGCGCUCUUGCCUCGCCGAACCUGACCUCGCUCCUCGUCGGCAACAAACUUGACCUAGCGAACGACGAACUCAUCGACACGAGCCUCCCCCCACCCACACCCACACCCUCGAGCUCGAGCUCCUCCAUGCCGUACGGCACGUCGGUCGGCACGAUCAGCGCCGGCCUCGGCUCGCAGCUGCGGGCGACCAUCGCGCCCGAGGGCCGCGAGGUGUCGUCGACGGAAGCGACGCGGUGGGCCAGCGGCGUCAACGUGCCCGUCACGAUGGAGGUGUCCGCGUUCUCGGGCGAGGGCGUGGACGAGGUGUUCGGGCGGCUGGCGCGCAUGAUCCUGACCAAGAUCGAGCUGGGCGAGAUCGACCCGGACGACCCGAUGAGCGGUAUCCAGUACGGCGACGGCGGCAUGUGGAACGCGGGCGCCAGCGACGGCGCCAGCAUCAAAAGCACCAUGACGGCCGACGAGGCGGGCAUCCCCGGCGUGCCGCGCAGCCGGCGCGGCCGGGGCAAGAGCCGCGGUGCGCAGAACUGGGGCAUGCGCGACUGGGAGGAGGUGUUCACGCUGAGUCGGGGGCGUGGGAGGGGGAACUGCUGCUAG